UCGCAGCUGCCGCUCCGUAGUGCGAGAGGCGUUGACAGAGAGGACUGUUGUGGUGGACAUUCUGCUUCUCCUCCGGACCGCAGCCGAACACGUCCCGUGUGUCAGUCCGAACACUGGACACAGUGCCGGGCCUCAGGUGGAAGAGCGGUCCGUUUCACCUGAAGCAGCGCAGUGUGUGGGAGCAGCUGAGUGCAGUGGGACAGUAUGAGCUCUAAAGGGGGGGGCACGGCUCUGACCCGCCGUAACUACAGACUGUCCUCAGACACAGACAAACCCAGAGCUACAGGUAUAGUGAAUGAGAAGCUGCUCAGUGAUUACCUGCAUCAUGUGUUUCCUUCAACCAAAGCGCAGGGACCUGCAGUGGCCUCCCUCAGGAAGACUCUUGGUUUCCAGGACCUGGGUGCUCACCUGGAGAGACUCCUGUCUGAGGGAGAAGCCAGCGAGGACAGCAGAGAUCAGUCCGUUGAAGGUCGUCUGGGUCCUCAGCCCGUCGUCCUCGAUCACACCAGUGGGUUUGAAGGCCUCCUGUUUGUAGAUGACGACCUGCUGGGGGUCAUCGGCCACAGCAACUUCAGCUCCAUCAGAGCCACCACCUGUGUUUACCAAAGGUAAAUCACUGCACGAUAA